GCAGGGAGGAGAGGGUGGGUGGCUUGCAGCGCAUCACAGAUCGCUCAUAGUAUGGAGCUACGGGUCCAUUGACAGGCGUUUUCACUUGGAGAAAAUUAGAAGCCGAGUAAAGGUAGCCGUGUCUUCGAUUAAACCCUGUGCUGCAUUCGAGAAGGAGCAACAUUUAUCCGAGUGACUGUAUGGUUGAACCGGUAAACAAAAAGUAACUUGAGCUCCAGGAUUUCCAACAGUAGUUGUGGCUGCAGUGCUGUUUGGAAGAAUGUUAGUUAACAACAUAAAGAAGUCAAGUGGUAACUUCAUAGCUUAAUUGAAGGCCACGGUGCAACUGUUACCAUAUACGCCAAGCCACCAUCAGUAGCCAUGAGCUCAGAGGUGAAAAACAUGUCGCCUGCUCACCAAAUAUCAACUCCGACUCAUAGGAGUGCAUCAUCAUCUUCAUCCUCUCAAAGAGAGAGUAGACCGGAUGGUGACAAUUGGGAAAUCAUUGAAGGAUUAAAAAUUGGUCAGACUAAUGUGCAGAAACCAGAUAAACAUGAGGGGUUUAUGUUGAAAAAACGCAAGUGGCCCUUAAAAGGUUGGCAUAAACGCUUCUUUGUCCUUGAUAACGGAAUGCUAAAGUACUCCAAGGCACCAUUUGAUAUUCAAAAAGGCAAACUUCAUGGAAGCAUUGAUGUUGGAUUGUCAGUAAUGUCAAUCAAAAAAAAGGCACGUCGGAUAGAUCUUGACACAGAAGAACAUAUCUAUCAUCUAAAGGUAAAAUCUCAGGAAGUGUUUGAUGCUUGGGUAACAAAAUUGCGCCAUCAUCGAUUGUACCGUCAAAAUGAAAUAGUGAGAUCUCCCAGGGAUGCCAGCUUUCAUGUCUUCCCAACCUCACCAAAAACUGAUUCUUCACCAGUUCCAGCUACCACUGUUUUGGAUGUAAAGCCUCAGCAGAACAAUUUCACAUGGCUGCCCUCCAUUCCAUGCAGUACAAGUCUACCUGCUUCCUGCAGCAGCAGCCAAACCAAAGUUGCAGCAUGGUUGUUGGAAUCUGAGGAAAUGAACAAGUGUGCUAAAGAUCUCGCAAAUUGCCAAUCCAGCUUAGUUGAACUCAGUAAACUUCUACAAAAUCUGGAAAUCCUACAAAGGACACAGUCUGCACCUAAUUUCACUGAUAUGCAGGCUAAUUGCAUAGAUAUUACAAAGAAAGACAAACGUGUCACCAGAAGAUGGAGAACAAAAAGCGUCAGCAAAGAUGGAAAAAUGCAGCUUCAGGUUCCUUCCAGCGGUCCUAUGUCUCCACUUCGUUUGCACUCUUCAAAUCCUAAUCUCUCUGCUGAUGUUGGAGACUAUCCAAUGCAGCCAAGUCCACUUGUGGACUCCCAUGAUUCUACUGCAGAUUAUACUAAACUUCAAGAAGAGUUUUGUCAAAUCGCACAAAAAGUUCAUUGUCUUUUAAAGUCUGCCUUCAACACAGUCGCAAUAGAAAGGGAACAGCUGAAGCAAAUGCUGUUAGAACAAGAACAUUCCGGCCACAAUGCCCAGAUCUUCAACCUUAGGAGAACACUCUCCCAGCCAAGCGGAAAAAUUCAUGCCAGCAUCCCACCAACACAGCAGGUCUGUAAUGAGAGCAGGCUGUCCAUGUCUGAAUCCGUGUCGGAAUUCUUUGAUGCUCAAGAAGUGCUUCUUUCAGCAAGCUCUUCCGAGAAUGAGGGCUCCGAUGAUGAAUCCUAUGUCAGUGAUGUCAGUGACAAUAUUUCGGAAGACAAUGCCAUUGUUGGAGAGACUGUUUCUCGACAAUUAUCUAAUGACGAGCUCAGUAGUGGUGCAUUUCGAAAUGGUAGGCGUACGUGUCUCCCAGCGCCAUCUCCUGAUACCAGUAGCAUCAAUCUGUGGAACAUUUUGAGAAAUAACAUCGGAAAAGAUCUGUCCAAGGUCUCCAUGCCAGUUGAGCUGAAUGAACCCCUCAAUACUCUGCAGCAUCUAUGUGAAGAAUUGGAAUAUUCUGAAUUGUUAGACAAGGCAGCUGAAACAGAUGAUCCAUAUGACCGAAUGGUUAUGAUUGCUACAUUUGCAGUUUCAGGAUAUGCUACAACAUAUUACAGAGCUACAUUUAAACCCUUCAAUCCAGUGCUUGGAGAGACAUACGAAUGUAUUCGAGAAGACAAGGGAUUUCGGUUUUUUGCAGAGCAGGUCAGCCACCAUCCACCCAUCUCUGCCUGCCAUUGUGAAUCAAAGAAAUUUGUCUUUUGGCAAGAUAUCAGAUGGAAGAAUAAAUUUUGGGGAAAAUCCAUGGAAAUACUCCCAAUAGGAAGAGUGAAUGUCAUGCUACCUAAAUAUGGAGAUCAUUUUGAAUGGAACAAAGUUACCACCUGCAUACACAACAUCCUGAGUGGACGUCGUUGGAUAGAACACUAUGGAGAAAUCACCAUUAGAAACACAAAAAAUAAUGUGUGCAUUUGUAAACUGACUUUUAUUAAGGGAAGUUACUGGAGCUCAAACGUAAAUGAGGUCCAAGGACUAGUGAUGGAUCAGGAAGGGAAGGUAGUACGUCGACUGUUUGGCAAGUGGCACGAAGGGCUGUACUGUGGAGUUGCACCCUCUGCCAAGUGCACUUGGAGACCAGGCUCUAUGCCAACAAACAGUGACAUGUAUUAUGGAUUUACAAGAUUCGCUAUUGAGCUGAAUGAAUUGGAUCCAGUGUUGAAACAGUUCCUCCCAUCAACAGAUGCCAGAUUUAGACCAGAUCAAAGAUUCCUUGAAGAAGGAAAUAUUGAAUCUGCUGCAGCUGAGAAGCGUAGAAUAGAGGAAUUACAAAGAGAGCGGAGAAGAUUAAUGGAAGAAAGCAAUACAACUUAUCAACCCCGAUUUUUUAAGAAAGUACUUGACAGUAAUCAAAGAGAAUCCUGGAUGAGCAAUGGGAACUACUGGGAACUGCGGAAGGAUCCAGGAUUUAGUAAAUUAGAAAGCAUAGCACUCUGGUAACAAAGUGAAGAAAUAAAAAUGACAGUCUUCACAAAGAAAUUAACUAUGCAUAAGUUAUUAUAGCUAUUAUAAAUCUUACUGCAUUCUUACAGUUUUGCUGGUCAUAUGGUAGGUACGUCUGUUUAAUUACAGACAUAAUUAUAAAAAUAGGCCACGACCAAAACACUGGCUUAGAAAAUUCUUUUCCACUAAAGCUGUGAAUUUUUGGUAAACUAAAAGUGUAAUUUAAAAUGAAUGCACAAGAAUAAGGAUGGCUGUUUGACAGUCACAUAUUUAUGAAACUAUAAUCUUAAUGAAGCAUUAAUACUUGCCAUAGCUUUUGCUAAAAUGUUUCAUCAUCCAUUUACAUGCCUUAAAAAUAGUAAGUACUUUUAGCAAACAUCAUUUUUAUUCUGGAAAUCUACAUUAUGGUAUUUAAAAACUGAGUUAGCAUUAAGUAUCAUUCUAAAGAUUAAUGUGCCUAGAGUCCAAAACAAUUAGAUUGAAAUUCAUCAAUGUGCAGUCUCAUUCAGUAUUCGUAAACUUUUUCCACCAUUUACGUUAGGCAUUGUUUUCAAUUGGCUUGCCAUUUGUGUUCUGCGUUGCAGUUUCAAAAUUUAUAAACUAUCUAGUGGUUAGCACUGCUGCCUCACAGCAACAGGAUCCCGGAUUCGAUUCCACCCUGGGAUGGCUGUCUGUGUGGAGUUUGCACUGGUUUCCUCCCACAGUCCAAAGAUGUGCAGGUUAGGUGGACUGAUUGCCCGUAGUGUCCAGUGAUGUGCAGGCUAGAUGGAUUUAGCCAUGGGACAUGCAGUGUUACAGGGAUAGGGUGGGGGAUGUGUCUGGGUGGGAUGCUCUUUGGAGGGUUGAUGUGGACUUGGACUGAAUGGCCUGCUCCCACAUUCUAGGGAUUCUACGAUUUACCAGUAAUGUUUUAUACUGAUGUGAAAUGUUCCACAUACUUUAGCAGCCUUACAGGUAUAAGCAAAAAGUUGUCCUAACAAGCAAGACAUUUAACACCGUAGACCAGUGUUUUCCAAACUUUUUUCACUGUGCCCCAUUUCAAGUCUUAAACUACUGCUCAUGGAGGGGUCACAGGAGGGUUGGGUCAGCCACUGACGUCUCAAGUCAUGACCUCAAAAUUUCAACUUGCAACCAUACAUUAAGAAGAUCUGCAAUGCUGAACUUAAACUCAAAAUACUGUAAGUACCUUAGACAUAUGUAGGCCCCUUCCGUUUCUCACAUGCGAGUACAAUAUAACUCAACAGAAACCUGUUCUGAUGAAGGGUCACUGGACCUGAAACGUUAACUCUGAUUUCUCUCCACAGAUGCUGCCAGACCCAUUGAGUCUUUCUGCAUUUGUUUCUGGUUUCCAACACCUGCAGUUCUUUGUUUUUAACAGAAACCUAUUAUUGGAACUUCUUUAAUGACAAUGAAAAUUGAAAAGGAAAGAUAUACAAAGCAAAAAAGCCACUCUCCACUCAGUUUACUUAUAAGAAAACCAUUAAUUGAAUAAAUAGUGUUGCUGAGUGCACAGAUUGUCCAAAAGUAUUUAAAUUUAACGACAAUUAUACUUAAGUUGAACGUAUUCUUCCAACCACAUGCAUUUUCAUUUUGUUUAAACGUGUUCUGAUUUUCAUUUCCACUACCAUUAAAGUUAAACUCUCAAUCCCCAUCAUACUGGAGUCUAAAUGCCUUCAGUGAAUCAUGGAAGGCUGUAAUGUGGAUCAAAAUAUGUAAAAUGAACAUUUUAUAUCACAGCUGCCCACAAAACACCAUGCAAGUUUUCAAUUGCAUUAUGUAAUAUUUAUGAAUAUGGGCCUAUCAAUUUUAAAAUGCACUAAAAUUGCACAAGAAAAUAGACUUUUGUAUUUGACUCAGUAAUUAACAUUUGAUCUAAAUAUGGCAGGAUAAUACAAAUUCACGCUCUAAACAUAUGUUUAGAUUCUAGAAAAAUACCACUAUUCCUGAAGAAAAAGGAUGCCAAAAGGAACAGAGAUUGGUGCAAAUGCCAAUGUAAACAGUCUAUUUCAGUUAAUGUAUUGAAUUGUAUAUCUAAACUG